AUGUCGUCGGAAGCCUCUAACUAUUCGCAGUCGGUCGAAGAACCCGACGAUCAUCCGACGUUCGGAGGUGAAAGCGGGCACUGGGUUAGUUCCCGAGAGGAUGGCGAAGAGGAGUGUUGUCUGACCUUCGACGAGGCUACGAGGGGUCUCUGCAUGCUGGGGAAGAACGACUCCGGGCUCAAGUAUUCGUACUUGAUGCUUAACGUCUCGGAGAAGGGGCUGACCGAUAUCAGCAUCAUUCCGACCUUCAGGAACGUAAUUUUCGUCAACGUUUCCGGCAAUCGGCUGACGCGCGCCGCGCUUCAGGUCUUCAGUUCGAUGACCUACCUCCUGAUGAUCCAGGCUGACCGAAACAGGAUCACGUUGCCCGACUUGGAGCCGAUGGUCUACCUGCAGGUGCUCACCCUGAACGACAACGAGAUAUCAGAGACUAGUGGGAUCGGGCACCGGCUGCUGGAAUGCCUAGAGCUGAACCGCAACAGGAUAAGGAGAGUGUCCCUGAGCCCAUACGUCCUUGAGAAUCUCAGGGUGCUCGAGCUCCGCGGAAACCUGCUGACCACCACCAACGGGAUUUUCUUCCCCAGUUUGGUCGCGCUCUACGUCGCGGAAAACAGAAUCGAGCGGUUCGAGGGCCUCGUGACGCUCGUCAAUUUGAAGACGCUCCACGCUCGCGGUAACCGGAUAUCCGUGCUCGACGGCUUCGCGACCUCCUGCGUCAAGUUGAGCUACGUCAAUUUGAGGGAGAACAGAAUAGCGAGGCUUGCGGAGGUCGGGAAACUCCGAUGCUUGCAGAGUCUGGAGACGAUUGUUGUAUCCCAGAAUCCGGUGGUGAAUGCGCUACCUGAUGAUGAAGAUGAGGACGACGCGGCCGGAUACAGGGUUAAAUUGAUCGCAAUGAUUCCAAAUCUGGUGAGGAUCGAUAAAGGAGUUGUGAGUGACGAUGAACGCAAGGAUGCCGAAGCUUUGCGCCGACGUAUCGUCCAGGAUGGAUCUGGUUUCUCCGAAAUUGACGAGGACUCGACUUCAGCGAAAAUUAGUAAUGGAGGAAGUGUAAUGAAUGCUUAAUGCAACAUAUGUUGAACUUGUGCAAUGUACGUAUAA